AUGGUUUUGAAGUUAGCUGAGUUGCACGACAAUUUAACAGAAAGUUUACUUUUUAUAAAUGAGAAUUUAGGCUUUACAAUGCUUAACAUAACUGCGUUCACAGUUUCUGGAAGUAUUUUCAGUAUUUUUUCUUUAUAUCGAAUGAUUGUCAGAAAUGAACUUCAGUAUUUUAAUCUUGCUCUUAUGAACAAUUUAUGUUGUGGAUAUUUCUUUAUCUUUCUUGUGGUGAUGAUCGCAUGUUGUAGCUUACUAACGAAAACUGGAAAAUAUGCGGCCAUUUUGGUACACAAUGUCAUUGCAUACAUUGAUGAUUAUGAUGAUCCAAUCAUUGAUUACUUUCAAAAGGAAUUGAUUCUGAAGUUAGCUGAGUUGCACGACAAUUUAACAGAAAGUUUACUUUUUAUAAAUGAGAAAUUGGGUUCUACAAUGUUUAUCAUAACUGCGUUCACAGUUUCUGGAAGUAUUUUCAGUAUUUUUUCUUUAUAUCGAGUGAUUGUCAGAAAUGAACUUCAGUAUUUUAAUCUUGCUCUUAUGAACAAUUUAUGUUGUGGAUAUUUCUUUCUUUUGCUUGUGGUGACUAUUGCUUUGUGUAGCUUACUAACCAAGACAGGAAAAUAUGCGGCCAUUUUGGUUCACAAUGCCAUUGCAUACAUUGAUGAUUAUGACGAUCCAAUCAUCGAUUACCUGAAAAUGUUUUCUCAACAACUGCAACAUCGAUCUCCAACUGUUCACUGCGGAUUCUUUGCUUUUGACUUUACACUUUUGUUCAUGAUCGUGGGCACAUCAACAACAUAUGUUGUUAUUUUGAUACAGUUUGACUCUAAUGGUAGAGCUGCACAUACCGAUUUGAUGGGGAAUGGAAAUUCAACCAUUUUUUAA